AUGUCUCUCAAUUGGACGAAUCUUGUCAGGUUCAUAAGCGAGGAAGGUGGACAGAUUCAGCUUGGCGAAGUUGAUACGAGGAAGUAUCCGGACAUUGGACUAUCGGUUUUGAAUGGCGAAAGAAUUGCAGUUAGACUGAUCAAGGGAUCAAUCUUCGAGGGCGCUGUAACCGAGACCACUGUGCACAUUGCACGACUUUUGGCCCCCAUUGGAAUCGAGGAAGUCCCUAUCGUCCGGUGCAUGGGGCUCAACUACCGCGAUCAUGCUAAAGAAGCGAACAUGCCAAUCCCAGAGCCGGUCCUCUUCAUCAAACCCCACACGGCACUCAACGGACCCUACCCGGCCGAUAUCAACGUACCGAAGAUCGCACAGGACGGCUCCGGUGACUACGAAGCAGAGCUUUCAAUCAUUCUGUCCAAGUCAGGCCGAGAUAUCCCCGAUUCGGAGGCAAUGGAAUGUUCUGGGACUCGGACGCAGCAAUUUAAAAAUAGCCAAUGA